CCUCGUAUCGAGUCCGCUCGGUCGAGCAGCAGUAGCAGCAGAUCCGUCAGUAGCGGUUUUCCACUCCGACUCACUCCAGCGGAUUUAUUUAUAUUUUAAGAGCACAGAUAGGAGUCGACGGACCAAAAAGUGGUCGUGCCUAAUCUGGGCGAACCGUAUCUCCCACUCCCUGGCCCGGCCAUGGACGAGCAGGCGGGCCCCGGCGUGUUUUUUAACAACAACAACAACUCGGUGCUGCCCGGCGGUGGGAAAGCGCCACAGCCGGGCGACGUGGGAGGCGGAGAGGCGGCCAGGGCGCAGUACAGCAUCCCGGGGAUCCUGCACUUUCUGCAGCACGAAUGGGCCCGUUUCGAGGUGGAGAGGGCGCAGUGGGAGGUGGAGCGAGCCGAAUUACAGGCUCAGAUUGCCUUCCUGCAGGGUGAGAGGAAAGGCCAGGAGAACCUGAAGAAGGAUCUGGUGAGGAGGAUCAAGAUGCUGGAGUACGCUCUGAAGCAGGAAAGGGCAAAAUACCACAAGCUGAAGUAUGGGACUGAACUCCAGCAGGGAGAUAUGAAAGCACCAAGCUAUGACUCAGAUGACGGGAAUGAGAAUGAGGCUCUUCCAGAACCACCCAACAGCCAGCUGAGCUGGAAGCAGGGAAGACAGCUUUUGAGGCAGUACCUCCAGGAGGUGGGCUACACGGACACGAUUCUGGAUGUGAAGUCACAGCGGGUGAAGGCUUUGCUGGGGUUGGCCGGGGACAGCGGAGAGCGACCCGGGGAGCGGAGGCCAGAGCCCAUGGUGAACGGCACAGAGCCCUCAUCGCUGAAGGAUAGCACCACCACCAUGAUGGGGAAACCAGAAAUGUCUGACUCUGCAACGGUUCUGGAGGCAUUUAAGUUCAUCGAGAGCGCAGCAGCGGAGUUCAGUGAUGAGGAUGAUGAAGAAGACAGUGAAGGGAGGGACAAGACCAUCAUAGACCUGGCCACACAAAUGGUGAGGAAAAAGGUGUCCGCAUCUCCCUCCUCCUCUUCAGCUGACCUGAGUGAUGACCCGGAUACUGAGGAGGCUCUGAAGGGCUUUGACUUCCUGGCCAGCAGUGAGGACAUGGAAGGGUCAUCAGAGUCUCCUGGCACAGGAGAUACGGCUGACUGGGACAAGGAGGAGCAGAGCCCCAUGUCCGAGGCCUGGGACGUGGACCAGGGCCUCAUCUCUAAACUCAAGGAGCAGUACAGGAAGGAACGCAAGGGCAAAAAGGGGGUGAAGAGGCCAAACAGGUCUAAGCUGCAGGACAUGUUGGCUAAUCUGAGAGAUGCUGAGGAUCUUCCCUCCAUGCAGCCCCCGGUGGCACCCCCUGCCAGACCCAGCCUCCCCCGGCUUAAUGAGCAUGAUCUGGGCCGCGCUGAUGAAGUGGAAGCCCUUACGUUCCCUCCCUCCUCUGGCAAGUCAUUUAUAAUGGGAGCAGAUGAAGCUUUGGAGAAUGAGCUGGGUUUGGGGGAGCUGGCUGGUCUCACUGUGGCCAAUGAAGCCGAGAGCCUGGCCUAUGACAUCACGAAUAACAAAGAUGCUCUGAGGAAGACGUGGAAUCCAAAGUUUACUCUGAGGAGCCAUUUCGACUCCAUCCGCAGUCUGGCCUUCCAUCCAGUAGAGCCGGUGCUGGUCACAGCCUCAGAGGAUCACACGCUGAAGAUGUGGAACCUGCAGAAGACAGCCCCCACCAAGAAGUGUGCUGCUCUUGAUGUGGAGCCCAUUUACACAUUUAGAGCUCAUAGGGGUGCAGUUCUGUGUGUGGUAAUGAGCAGUAAUGGAGAACAGUGCUUCAGUGGGGGAGUGGAUGCAACCAUUCAAAGCUGGAACACUCCAAAUCCCAACAUUGACCCCUACGACUCUUAUGAGCCCUCUGUGCUGAGGGGGGCGCUGUGUGGUCACACCGAUGCCGUGUGGGGUUUAGUGUACAGUUCGGCUCACCAUCGGCUGCUGUCGUGCUCAGCGGAUGGGACGGUGCGGCUGUGGAAUGCUGCAGACACUUCGCCUGCUCUCGCUGUCUUUAACGAGAAUAAAGAAUUGGGUAUCCCCUCGUCUGUGGACUUAGUGUGCAGUGAGCCAGCUCAUAUGGUCACCGCCUUCAGCAAUGGCAGGAUGGGCAUCUUUAACAUGGAGACGCGGCAGCUGGUGCUGGAGCUGGAGUCCCAGACUGCAGGGGAACCAGAUGCUCCUCAUCAGAUUAAUAAGGUGCUGAGUCACCCGACACUGCCCAUCACCAUCACAGCACAGGAGGACCGCCACAUUCGCUUCUUCGACAACAACACAGGCAAACUGAUUCACUCCAUGGUGGCCCACCUGGAUGCUGUGACUAGUCUAGCAGUGGACCCCAAUGGGCUCUACCUGAUGUCUGGUAGUCACGACUGCUCCAUCCGCCUGUGGAACAUGGAGAGCAAGACGUGCAUUCAGGAGUUCACAGCUCACCGGAAGAAGUUUGAUGAGUCCAUCAACGACGUGGCGUUCCACCCCACCAAGUGCUACAUCGGCAGCGCCGGUGCCGACGCCCUCGCCAAAGUCUUCGUAUGACCUCUGACCUCUGUUCCUUCCGUGGACCAGUAGGGGUUUGAGGCCUGACCGCAGACCCUAACAGGAUGGGCAGGAGGUGCCUUUUAGAUAGAGCUGAGAGUUCUUUUGGUGAUAUGCAAGCUGGACAAGGCGGUCUGGGUUGGAAUUUUGGGAAGAUGGUGGGUGGCAGGAAGAAAUGAAAGGCACAGACUUCACUCCAGCCGUUUUACUCAUGAACCCCUGGCUGAAAUGCGUAACCCCUCAUCCGGGCAGGCCUGGGUGUGUGAUGUGGACAGAACUCUACAGUGCAGGAUGAUGGGAAAAAAACACCAAACAUCACAAGUCUCCACCACCAGGGGGGGGCCCUUUGAGCUACUCCUUGUUUGUCAGCCUCACAGGAAGUUGGGUGCUUCCCACACUUUUUUUCCCUUCUUUUUUUUCUUCUUCUUCACCUUUUUGAAAUGAGAGAUCGUGAGAGAGCCGACAUGAUGGAAGAGUGCCACACUUCAGUUCCCAGUCCAGAUAGCCUCUCUUAUGUUCCCUCAGUUCAAUGACGAUGUGCCUUUGCUUCCAAAUCUCUGUAAACAGCGGUAACUUUGUAGAUCUCGGUUGGGUUCGGAUUAGAUGGAGUUAUCCCUAGUUUAUCACAUUUAUUUAUGCAGAGGGCCCUGUUCUAUAGCAUACUGAACAAAUACCAAUCGUUUUGUUGUGCGGCAGUGUUGCGUUUUGAUAGUUAUUCCCAGAUAUUUCCAUACUGGAUUUGGAACCACGCUUUCUGCUUGCUGGAUACUUAAAGUACCCAAGCUAAAUGUCUCUAAAUUUAGUCAUCAAAAAAUAUUUCUUUACCCCAUUUUCAGUCAGUACGCUCUUCUGAACACACAUUUAAAGAGUUUCUCUGAGGUAGAGUUGGAUAUAUUUUUUAUACACCAUCUUCAAUGGUCAUAAUCCAUAGUUCAGUUAAAGUUCAACCAGGGCUAGAGUUGUACAUAGAAUGACAUUAAAGUAACUUAUUUAUUGAUGGAACCAUUACCAAAUUUUCUCUGUGGCUUUACAUCUAAAUACGAAUGAUUUUUGUUUUUUAUUGUACUGCGUUUAUCCUCUAGUUUCUUAAGCACCUUUAACUUUAGCUAGUAAACCCCCAGAUAGGUUUCUAUACAGUAUUUCUUCGAAGCAUUAGGUUGUGAUAUCUAAGCUUGUUUUAGAAAAACUCAGUACUAAACCCGCCCUCUUUUCUGAGGAGGACGACCAACUGAUCCAAUAGAAUUGUAUGUUUAUGCAACAGCUACAGUAUAAUCAUUUUCUUUGCUGUUUUUUUGGGUUGCUACUGGGGGUUUUUUGUACAUGGAGUACCUGAGACACCAUCACUAUUGUGUAAUGCCAACAUUGUAAUGUUCCGACAAACUUAGAGAAGUGGUGAAGUCCAAUGAAAUCUGUUGUCAUGUGAUUAAAUUUGCCUAGAUUUAGAUCAGUCGUAUGAAUGAUGCUUAUUGUGUUUUGGAUUCCAACACAGUGGACAGCUAAUGCACGAGCAGAGGUCAUCUUGACCUCCCCCACUGUGUGUUUAAACAAACUUUGGACAAGUCGUACUAAAACUGCAGCGAUAGCUUUUUAUGGUUUUAAGGGACGAUUUUAUUGAUUUUUUUUUAUUUUUUUUUAUUUAUGUAUGCCUUUUUUGUUUUCGUCAAACGGAAUUAAGAACUUUGUCUUUAAGGAAGGACCUGCAGUCUGUACAUGUUAGUGCUGGGUGGUCUUAAGUUUAAGCUAAAGCUAAAGUAAAGAAUGAUGGAAGCCAGAGAACAAAACUCUCCCUCUCUGAAUCAAUGCAACCUUUUUCAACCUUUUUGCACAUACAGCUACACUCCUGCUUCAACCUACCUGGUGGGCUGGUUGGUUACACCUUCUGUAUGUUUGGAUAUAUAUUUUAUAUAUAAUUGUUUGAAGCAAAUACUAGGUUUUUUUUUUUUUAUUUCCUUACUGUAUGUUUGGCGACUGAGGUUGCAAAUGGAUCGUAACCCGGAUUUGAUGCAAGACGAUAUUUUUUAAGGAUUUUUUUUUUCUGUCUGUGAUUACUUGAAAUGUAGGAGUGUUUCUCUGGGGGUGCCUGUAAUAUUCUCUUUACUGAAUGGUGGAAGAUUUGCCAGUCUUAUCAAGAAUUCUACAUGCCUUUUAAAGUGAUGACGCGAGCACUACAAAGCAAAAGGAGCGCGUGUUUAUGUGUGUGUGGUCUCUUCAUUUUCAGGUCAUUAAAUCUUGAGUUAAUGGAAUUUAAGGUGAAUUUUUGCUACUUAACCAAAUGGGGAAUAAUUUAGUAAAAUUGGAUUGGCAGAAAUGGAUGGAGAAAGUGACAUAUGUGUGCGAUAUACUGGUAAAUAUGUUUAUCCUUUUGUUCUAUCUUGGUGCAUAUUUGAUUUUAGAAAGAUAAGAGAAAUUCAGUGUGUAUAGUUUAAGUAUUUACAAACAAUCUAUUUAUGAAUACAGUAUACAGUGUAUAUUAAACUGCGAAAAGCUAACCAAUGUUACCCAAUGAUGCGUGCUUUUAGUAGUGAACAGUCUUAACAGGACAACGCUGACGAUUUGGCAAAUAGUCUGCUGCUCCAUUUUUUUGCCGUGUGAUGAACAUAUGCAGACACUUUCUACACAAAGUUCUGAUAAAGGACAAAAAUGAUCUCAGCAGCUUCUGCUGUGCACUGUGGAAGCAUCAGCUGGAAGGCUAUGGCGACCGGAAAUAUAUCUGCGUUUAUAUGCGUAGUUUUAUGACCCCUGCAGUGCACUGUAUAGGGAGUAGGGAGCGUUUGAGAUUCAGUCAAAGCCACUAAACAACAACAACUCUAACAUGAUGGCACACCUUAUGUCUUGCCUUCAAAAAAGAUAAAACUUGACAUAUUUUUUGAAUAUUCUGCACUGAAUUUGUGGAAAGCCCAUUUCCGCCCCUGGAUUGAGAUGCUAAGUCAAUUAUGACAGUAAGUCAUUAUGAGAAAGUCAUAAUUGUGAAAGUCUUAAUUAAGAGGAAGUCAUAUUAAAAAGAUUGAAUCUCAUUAUUAUGAGAUACUAAGUCAUAAUUAUGAGAAAGUAACAUCUUCCUUAUGAAAUGCUGUCAUAAUUUUGAGAUGCUAUGUCAUAAUUAUGGAUACUAAGUCAUAUUUAUGACAUGCUAAAUCAUAAUUGUAAGAUGCUAAGUCAUAAUUUUAAGAUGCUUUGUCAUAAUUAUGGAUAUAUUAUGGUCAUAUUAUUAUGGAUAGUAUAUGGAUAGUAUUGUGGAAGUCAUAAUUAUGGAAAGCUCUCUUUAUUAUGACUUGUUAAUGGCUGUAUUAUUUUAUUCCAGUGGCAGAAACAGAAUCAUAUCUAAACCUACUGUAAAUAAAAUUCUAAUUCAAAACGAACAAAGGUGAGACUAACUCAUUUAAACUGGACCUUUUAGCAGCUGUAGCAAAGUGAUGUGUCUGUCGUAGUAGAUCAGCGGUCUCUGCUGCCAUCAUUGCUUCAGGGCCCUAAUAGCACAGAGGAACCCCAUGAUCUACAUGUUUCUGUUUUUCCUGACUUAACUCGCCUUACUCAGCUCCUCAGGUUAGCAGGCACAAACAAGCUUUGGGCUUGGAACCACUGUCAUACCUUAAUACUGACUUAAAUCAAUGUCUGCAUAAUUAAGUGCUUGAGAUGUGAACAAAGUCAUCAGAGUGGUUUGAUGUGAAAUGGUUCAUUUUAGAGAAACUGACUCUGAUUUCUUUACAGUGGUGGUGAUGGGAACCAGGGGUCACCAUGUCUACAACACAAAUGUAGCCAUUUUUAUUUACUAUCCAAAACCAGCAGUGAAUCUACACAUGUCUUCUGAGUUGUUAUAUGUAAUGUUGCUGAUGGUAAAUUAAUGGAAAAUCUGGAAAAAAAUUUUAUCUUUGGGGACUAUUUUGCCUUAUAACGCCUGCAUGUAUUCUUCCACAAUGAAUAGAUUAAAGUAAACAGAUUAACAAGACAAACAAGAUUAGGCCAAAACUUUAUCACAAAGUUAUCAUAAAACAGUGCCUCAGAAAUCAGGCAGUAUAUUCAUAACCAAUUCAUGCAAUAACUUUGUAUGGUAGCUUUUAGAGGUGGACUUUCCUAUCACCACCACUGUGAACAAUGCUGACUAAUCAUUUAGUUAUGCUGAAAUUUUGAAAAAUUGGUGGCGCUCCCCUUUUACUAGUGGGGAGAAAUCUCA